AAAGGAUAAUAAAUUUCGCAGUUGUAUAGAGAAUUUCGCUCUGGCCCUGAAUUUAUUUCUCUCGUAUAAAAAAAUUAAUUGGCACCCUGGUAACCAUAGCAACUAAUAAAUAGUAACCAUAGCAACCACAUUCCAAUAGCAACACCAUGUCCGACGCGGAGAAGAAAGCCCUUGAACUGAUGGCGGAGGCGGAGAAGAAAUUGGGGGGAGGAAAGUCGUUUUUAGGGGGGUUGUUUGGAUCCAGCGACAAGACCUCGGACGCGAUCGAGUGUUACCAGCGCGCCGCGAACAUGUUUAAAAUGGCGAAAAAGUGGGGUUCCGCGGGGGAGGCGUUCUCUAAAUCAGCGGAAUUGCACUUGAAAAAUGGCUCGAAACAUGACGCCGCGACGAAUUGGGUGGAUGCCGCGACGUGUUACAAGAAAACGGACACGAAGGAAGCCGUGACCUGCCUGAACCACUCUAUCGAUUUAUACCAAGAAAUGGGUCGCUUUUCCAUAGCAGCCAAGCAUAAUCAAACGAUCGCGGAAAUAUUGGAGUCCGACGGGGACCUCGCGCAAUCCAUAAUUUAUUUCGAAAAGGCCGCGGACAUGUUCAAGGGCGAGGAGAGCAACGCGGCCGCGAACAAGGCGCUCUUGAAGGUCGCCGCGCAUGCGGGCUUGAUGGAGGAUUAUACUAAAGCGACGAGGGUUUAUGAGGAGAUAGCAGCCUCCUCCCUGGAGUCCUCCCUCUUGAAAUACUCGGCAAAGGAGUAUUUCUUCCGAGCGUCGAUUUGUCACCUUUGCGUGGAUGUUCUGAACGCGAAACAGGCGCUGGAUCGCUAUGCCGACAUGUAUCCCGCGUUUCAGGACACCAGGGAGUUUAAGUUUGUGAGGUCCCUCACCAACGCGCUGGAGGAAGAAGAUAUCGACACGUUCACCGAGACGGUGCAGGAAUUCGACUCCAUCUCCCGUCUCGAGCAGUGGUACACCACUUUGCUCCUCCGAAUCAAGAAAACCAUGAACAACGACGGGGAGUUGUGCUAAAAAUUUUAUCGUUUCCAUAGCAACCGUGUGCUUUUUUUUAUUUUAUUAUUUUAAAAAACGUUAUUGGCGCAAGAAAAAAUAUAUCAAAAUAAAAACUAUAGCAACUAAUUAAACCACUGUCCCCAUAGAAACCGUGUCGAAUUUGUUGUUGUUGAGGAGGGGGCGUGGUUAUUUGUGAUUUGUGAUUUUUUCUUAAUUCUCGCUAUAGGAACUGGAAUUAAAGAUUUUUGCGUUGA